AUGGCAUCCUUGCACCACGCUGGUCAAUUUCACUUGCGUCACUGUAGGCUUCUCGGUUAUGGAGGCUUUGCGGCCGUAUACGAAGUUGAGCGUAUCUCGGACGGAUGCAGGAUGGCUGCAAAGGUUCUGCCUUUGAGCUCCCUGGCAGAUGCAAACAAGCUGCGGCGGGUCCAGAACGAAAUCGACAUCAACCAGCUGCUGCACCACCCGCAUGUGGUCACAUUCCUGGGCUCCUUCCAGGACGAACAUAAUGUGUACCUGCUGCAGGAGCUGUGCUGUGAGACCACAAAGGGCGAGUUGCUGAAGCACGUCGGGAGGAUGAGCGAGUUGCAGGCGGCACACAUUUUAUGGCAGGUCACUUCCGCAUUGGAUCACCUCCACGGCUGCCGCGUGGCGCACCGCGACCUUAAAUUGUCGAAUAUGUUCCUGGCCCGCGACGGCACCGUCAAGGUAGGCGACCUGGGCCUGGCCUGUCACCUGCCCACGCCCUCCUGCCGCCGCCGCUCCACCUGUGGCUCACUUAACUGGAUGGCGCCGGAGGUGCUGCGACCGGGCCAGCACGGUUACGGGCUGGAAGUGGACAUCUGGGCGCUGGGCGUGGUGCUCUUCACGCUGCUGGUCGGCAGGCCGCCGUUCUCAGCGGCAGGGCGCGAAAGCGUCGCCGCCGAGGACGGCAUACCGCAAACAACCUACGGACGUAUCCUGCAGGGCCGCUAUCGUUGGCCAGGCCCGGACGAGGUGGCACUGGGACCCGAAGCACGCGACCUGGUGUCGCGGCUGCUGGUGGUGGACCCCGCGGCCCGGCCCACUUUGGAGCAGCUGCGCACGCACGCGUUCUUC